UGGUAAUAGCAUUUCAGGACAAAACAUUCCAGAGUUGCAAAUUUCAAUCUAUUUUUUUAGUCCCUGAUGGUAACAAAAUAUUUCCAUACUAGGUUCUGUAUAUGGAUUGUAAGCAGGUUUAAAUUUGAUUUCAGUCAUUCCUAAUCGUUCAAACAACAACAGAAGGACUCCAAUCAAAUCUCCCAAAGUUAAAUUGUUAUCAGCUAUUACUCCUACUUGUUGAAACUCUGCCAAAUGAGUAGCAUCCAAAGUCUCAUUUCGGAAUACUCUGUCGAUACUAAAGUACUUAGUCGGUUUAAAAUCUUUAGCUAGGUCAUACAAUAUAUGAGCACUAACAACUGUAGUAUGAGUUCUCAAGACAUUAUUCUUAGCUUCGUCCAAAGACCAAUCAUAGCCAUAUCCUCGAGAACCAUAGCCACCUUUAGAAUGUACUGUUUUUACCUUGCUUAAAUAUUCUUAAGGAAAUUUUUCACUAGUUUGAGAGUUUUCCAAAAAAAAAGUAUCAUAAGAGUCUCUUGCAGAAGUGCUGGAUGUUGUUGAGGUUGGACUAAUGCAUCAAAAUUCCAAAAUGAGCUUUCAACAAAAUUAUUAGUUGGCAUUUCGGUAAACCCCAUUUCAAGAAAUAUUUGACGAAAGUCUGAGCGAAUUUUCAAUAAAGGAUAUAAGCAACCGGCCGAUUGUGGUUGGCCUCAAGCUUCAAAAUUGUAAGGCUUGAAUGGAGUUGAUUUCCAUGAACCAGAUGAUUUAAUUUCUGUAGUUAGUUCAGUUUCUAAUUUUACAAUAGAUGUUAUAAAUUCUGGACCCUUACCUGCAAGAAGUAAUACAAUUAAUUAUAAUACAGAGUAAUGAUUUUAAAAAUAACUUUUUAUAACUACUUCAUGAUUAAGUUUUCGUUUUUAUAAUCCAACUUAUUAGAUUCAGACAUUUGAUCAUGGGAUGCUUUCAAUUCUAUCAAAUUUUCUUUAACCUUAUCAACAACUGAAUCAACUUAUUCAUCACUUUGUUUGCUGCUCGAUCAAUGACUAUCCAGCCCUUUGACAUUGCCUAGCUAAACCCAAUUUUUGCAUUUGGUAUUAACAGUAAUUCCUUUUGAUGUAUCUCAUCAGACAGAACCGCGUUAUAUAGGUUCACCUCAUAACUACCAUUCAAUAAAACUGAUUCUCCUUCAUCAGUAAGUUCCCAAUAUGUGCUUGUUACUGGAUCAACAGUUAUAAUAUUUCCCAAUGCCAAUAUGCUGUUAACAGCACCAAUAAUUUUUUGAUGAUCGAUAUUGUUUUUUUUUACUUAGGUCCCAUGUGCUAAUGAAACCUUUGAUAUCCUUUCAGCUGCUCUGAAUCCAUAAUUAAAGAUCAUUGAAAAAUUAGGAUUUGACAAAAUAUAGUUGUAGUAAUAAUAACACAACAAUUGAACAAUAGGUUCAACGAAAUAAACAAUAUAACUUAUAAUAAUAUCAUGACUUAUAUUUGGUAAUGAUUAUAUACAUUUUACCAAACUAUUCAAGAUUCAACCGACAAUGACAGGUUCAGAACUCACAUUUUACAAAUUACAAUUCAAAUUUCAACUUUAGGGCCAUUAUAAAAAUUGAAUGAAAACUUUACAACCAUAGAGCACGAUUUAAGAUGGUAACACAGAAUUUAUUCUGUUAUAGUACUAUCUUAAACCGCGGAGUGACCAUAGAGACUAUAAAAAAAAAAGCAGGUCAGGUUAUAUCUUUUUUUAUAUAGAGUAGCCAGGGGUAUAUCACAGAAUAGUUGGAAUAUUACUGCCAUAGACCUAUAAACAGGUUAGAUAGCGCUUAGAGGGAGAGGUCAGGGGCUUAUAUGUUUUAGAUCUUAUUAUAUGUUCAUGGUCAGGGGUACGACCAUAGGACAUAGACAUAUCAUUAUAUGCAUGGCUAACAGGGCCGGACUAGGCAGGGUUACUGGGAGUUUCCGGUGGGCCGCUUGUUUGGAUUGUGGAUUGGGGCGCUUGUACUCGUAGGGAUGUUUUUUUUUUAGGUUUAUCGGCCAAGGCUCAUCCUGUUCGACAGACAGACGCAUUUUCUACUACGAUUGUAUUCGAAAACUAUUUGGAGUUGAGGAAAUUCCUCAAAAUAGUUUUGAAAAAAAGCGGUGAUUUUGUGUCCAAGCUAUAAGUACCUAUUGGAAAAUGGCUUCAAAAGUAAUUUCGGUGUACGAGAAUACGCAAAAGCUGGGCGCAGAACUUGCCAAAAAUCUCUCGGAACUUGCUAACGAUGUGCUGGCUGAAGGUGGAAAUGCUGUUUUUAAAAUUGGACUUUCUGGUGGAUCUGUCGUGUCGCUGUUAUCUGAAUAUUUAGCCAAAGUUGACACAGAUUGGUCCAAGUGGAGAUUUUUUUUUUGCGACGAAAGACUGGUGGAUUUUAAUGAUCCAGAGUCUACAUUUGCUCAAUAUAGAGACAAAUUUAUCUGUAACCUACCUAUCAGUGAAGAUCAGUUCAUUAAAAUAAACCCUCAACUUUCUGUUGAUGAGGCAGCUAAAGAUUACAUCCAAAAGAUAUCCGUGUAUUUUGCACCCUACGAUUUGCCUCGGUUUGACGCAUUGAUAUUGGGUGUUGGUCCUGAUGGACAUACAUGUUCUUUGUUUCCUGGACACAAAUUAUGUGAAGAAACAUCAGUAUGGGUAGCUCCAAUUUCUGAUUCACCAAAGCCUCCUCCAAACAGAAUAACUUUUACAUUUCCAAUCCUCAACAAUGCCAGAUACUGUGCGUUUAUAGCAACCGGGAGCUCAAAAGCUGAUAUUUUGAAGCGCAUUCUUAAAGACGGUGAACAAUUACCAGCCAAUUGUGUACAGCCAGUAAAUGGUAGUGUACAAUGGUUAUUAGAUGAAGCUGCAGCCAAGCUAUUACAAGAAGAAACAUCUUUGUAAAUUAUUUGUUAUUUUAAACAAGGUAUUGGUUAAGAAUGGAAAUUAUUUAUUUUUUAAAUUUUGGUGUCUGACAAAUUUUAUCCAGAUACAAUUUAUACUCUAUUUGUAUUUAUUUUAUGUUAUGUGUAAAAGAAAACAUCUAUCAAGAAGUAAAUGGUUUAUAAGUUAUAA